UUCAGAAUUUGAAAUUCCAUGGAGGACAGUGACUUGGGGGAAAGCAAAGAAAGAUUCUUUAAUAGAGAAUAUAAAAAAGAUCCAACCAUCCACAUCAAAUCUGAAAUGCUUGAGGAUGAUAGUGGUUGGCCCAGCUGGUUCAGGAAAAUCAAGUUUUAUAAACUCUGUUAAUAAUGCCUUCCAAGGACGGAUAACUAGCAGUGCGUUGAGUGAUGCCAUUGGUAGUGGUAAAAGUUUCACCAGAAAAUACAGUGAAUUUGAAAUUAAAACUGGGAAUUUAAAACUGUCUACUUUCUUCAAUGAUGUGAUGGGCCUGGAAAUAGGAAGUGAAAAAGGAUGCCAUCCAGAUGACAUCUUCAAAGCCAUAAAUGGGUUCAUGAAAAAUGGACAUAUGUUUAAUCCAAAAAAGCCAAUAUCUCCAGAAGAUCCAGACUAUAAUAAGAACCCAGAUCUCUCUGAUGAGACCUACUGCAUGGUCUAUGUUUUAGCAGCUGAAAGAAUCAAUUUGACAGAGGAUGAAAUUUUUAACAAGUUAAGAAACAUUCGUGAGGAAGUUAGUAAAACUUGGGAUUAA